GUUGACGCUUUGCUUUAAAAACUAAACAACGCCCUUUGACGUUGGAGAGCAUAGGUACAGUACCUUAUGCAAUAAAUAAAUUUGUUACUUUUUAAAAUUGAAUUACUCCUCCAGCUUCGGUUAUUAGGCAGUUAGACUUUGGAUAACUUUCAUGAGAAAACCCGGUGAUCACUUUGGAGUUAGACCUAGAAACGACCUUAAGUCGGCUGAUACGCCUCUUUUGAGUGAAAAAAGGCAGGCUGAACAUACUACAUGGACAGAGAGUUGGAUUGCAACUAGCCGCAUCGGACCAUCGCGAUCUAGUCCAACCAAGACACGAAAUCGACACACGAAAGACGAUUUUCAAAUUAGAAUAGACGGCGAGGAGAUAACAAAUUCGAUUACAACCGAUUCCGACCCUAUAGCACUGCCUUGGUGGAAUUAUUCAACCAUGGUCAAGGAGCAAGCUCCGCCUAAGGCGCCAUUGCGUCCAUUAAGUUCUAACAAAACAAAUGGCAAUACGCAAACCCAGACUUCAAGUGAGCCCGACCAGAAAGUACCUGGAUUUGGGAAUAUGAGUGCGGGAGGCUUCACAUCCGUUAACAACUCUGCGGCUACAAACGCGGCCUCGAAGCCUGCCGUUAAAUCACGAGUACUCUCAGGAAACAUGGAAGACAAAUACGCAAACCUCUUUAUUCAACCCAAGAACCGUCCAGAGCACCAUCGCCCUCAACGAAUCACGGGCCCAUUGCAGCCUUCUUAUAAGGAUAAGAAGCCGCCCCCAGCCCCUAUGUUCAACACAAUGCAACCCGACCCGGCAGGUUCGGCUAGUAACCCGAUCUCGGUUCCGGAUGGCGCCCCAGUUUCGAUAUACAGUCAACCUGGAGUUUUCUCCACAUAUGUUGACCCUAAAAAAGCUGCUGCUGACAUCAAAGCCUUACUUGAGGGCUCCAUAGAAGACGAGGAAGGCGAGGAGGCGAAAGAAGAAGAUGGUGAAGAUAAGUCACGCGUGGAAGGACUCAGUGUUCGACUCCUACCGCAUCAGGUCGAGGGAGUAGAGUGGAUGAAAGGUCGCGAACUGGGUCCCGUAAAGAAGGGUAAAGUACCCAAGGGUGGUCUUCUUGCAGACGAUAUGGGCCUAGGAAAGACAUUGCAGUCUAUAGCGCUGAUUCUAGGCAACAAGAAGCCAGCAGAUAAGCACCCAGGAGUUGAAAAGACAACUCUAGUCGUUGCACCUUUGGCUCUCAUCCGUCAGUGGGAGGCGGAGUUGAAGGAGAAGGUGACUGAAUCCCACAAGUUGAAGGUCCUUGUGCAUCACGGCCCGCAACGUACCAAGAGGUUUGAAGACCUCCGUCGAUACGAUGUAGUCAUCACCACCUACCAGAUUCUCGUAUCUGAACAUGGCCACACCACAGAUACCCUAAAAACCGGCUGUUUCGGUUUGCAUUGGUACCGCGUCAUCUUAGAUGAAGCACACACGAUCAAGAAUAGGAACGCCAAGGCCACAAAGGCCUGCUACGAACUCCGAAGCGUAUAUCGUUGGUGUUUAUCAGGCACGCCAAUGCAAAACAACUUGGAUGAAUUGCAAAGUUUAGUGAAGUUUCUCAGAAUCAAACCUUACGACGAUCUUCGAGAGUGGAAGGAUCAUUUUGAAAUACCGAUGAAGGGUGGUAAGGGAGAUGUCGCAAUGCGACGUCUUCAUAGCCUGCUGCAGUGUUUCAUGAAACGAAGAACCAAAGAUAUCCUAAAGAAGGCCGGUGCUCUUAAUGCUAAUGGAAAGCCAACUAAAGAGGGCGAGGAGAGCACAUCAAGCUUUAAGGUCACGGAGCGAAAAGUCGUAACGGUCGCCGCCGAGUUCACACCAGCAGAGAGGCGGUUUUACGAUAGACUGGAAAAGCGAACAGAUAAGAGUAUCGAGGCAAUGAUGAAAAGUAAGCUUAAUUAUGCUAGCGCCUUGGUACUUCUCCUGCGUUUAAGACAGGCCUGCGAUCACCCAAAAUUAGUUGAAGGCAAGCUCGAAAAGGACAAGGACGCCUUAUCUGAGGAAACGAAGCCAAAGAAGAAUGAAGCAGACGUCGACGCCCUUGCAGACCUUCUUGGUGGACUAGACGUUGAGACGAAGCACUGCGACAUAUGUGGCUGGGAGCUUGACCGCGAAAGCCGCCAGCCCGGCACAGACAAAUGCAAAGCUUGCUACGAAGAUUUAGAGUACUUUAAGCAUCACGAAGAUGGUGGACAGCUAAAAGCACCAAAGACGAGAACAAGAAAAAAGAAGACCAAGACCAAGGUUAAGAAGGUGGUAGUUGAAAAAGUCAAGGCUGAGGUUGUCAAGAAGCGUAAACCCAGGAAUCGCCGUGCAAUUCUCGAUAGCGACGAUGAGGACGAAGAGGCAGAUUGGAUCGUCUCUGACGACGAGCAGGGUCCACUACGCUUGGGAAAAGCAGGUGGCACGGAUGAUGAGAAUGCCGAGGGCGAUGGCGAGACUAUCAACUCAGACGAUUCGGAAGAAGAGGAAACGCAAGAUGGUAGCCAGCUAGGCAGCUUCAUUGUAGACGAUGGGAAGGAUACGAAGCCUGAAGAGCUACAGCGGGCUUUGGAAGAAUCAGAUACCGAGGACGAAUCCAUCUCAGUGAUUCAAUCUAAGAUGCGCCGAACAAAACUAAAAGAUAGCGAAGACGAGAGCGAGGAAGGCGAUGAAGAGGACGAAGCGGAAGACGCGGACUCGGAAUCACAAUCCGAUUCUGAAGCUGAUGAUACGGGUAUAUCAGAGUCCGAAAUCGUCUCAGAUUCUGAAGACGACGUCGUCUACUCCCGCUCUGGCCGGGAGAAGGAGAAGACACCCCACGUGCUCGCGUCAGCCAAAAUCCGCCAGCUCAUCACGUUGCUCCAAAAGGAAGUGCACGAACACAAAUUCAUCGUCUUCUCGCAGUUCACCAGUAUGCUCGACCUAGUGGAACCCUUCUUCCGCAAGGAAGGUAUCAAGUACACGCGAUACGAUGGGAGCAUGAAGAACGACGCGCGAGAGGAGGCACUAAACAGUUUGCGAAAUGACCCGCGAACCAGAGUCCUCCUUUGCUCGCUGCGGUGCGGUGCGCUGGGCCUUAACCUUACUGCGGCCAGCCGCGUCAUCAUCCUCGAGCCUUUCUGGAACCCAUUCGUCGAGGAGCAGGCUAUAGACCGAGUGCACCGGCUGACGCAGACCGUCGACGUAGUCGUAUACAAACUAACGGUCGAGAACAGCGUCGAAGAACGUAUCCUAGAGCUCCAGGAAAAGAAACGACUCCUCGCUGAGGCUACCAUCGAAGGCGGCGCUCGCAAGGAGAGCCUCAAACUCGGCAUCAAGGAGAUGAUGGACCUAUUUAAACAUGUCGGCCGUGGUAGCACCGGAGGCGACUACAGUGAUGACGACGAGAGGUUCAAUAGCGUUGUGCGCCAGGACGUCACGAGGUCGCUUGCGGCUAUGCGAAGUAAGAACUCUAGCUCAAAAGCCUCGCGCGGGAAUGAAAGCUCGGUUUACGGACGUCGGUGGUAAGGGCAAUACUCGGGUGACGAGUACGCUAGGUCCCGGCGGCGUUUAGAGGACAGCUUUGCUAGCUGGCUAGUUGAGGAUGCUACUCUUUGCCAGGCCAGUAUUUGAUGAAUUGUAUAAUGAGUAUCGGAUUAAUACGAUGGGAGUGUGCGUGCAGAUUAUAGGGGUUCGGAUGGUCUGGUUUUAUUCACCUUUGGUUAGAAUUGCUAGGAGAAUACACU